AUGAGUGACCCAUCAAAAAACAACCAGUGCUGCCCGCCAAGCCCUCCAUGCUGCCCACCAAAGCCAUGCUGCCCACCCAAACCAUGCUGUCCGCAGAAACCUUGCUGCCCCAAGUCUCCGUGCUGCCCACCCAAAUCCCCAUGCUGUCCGCCGAAACCGCCCUGCCCGUGUCCGCUGAAACCCCCAUGCUGCCCGCAGAAAUGCUCGUGCUGCCCGAAAAAGUGCACAUGCUGCCCGCAACCUCCACCUUGCUGCACUCAACCCAACUGCUGCUCUGCAGACAGUAAGGCUGAGUCAGAUUCUGAUGCCGCAGCUGGCCAAAAUCAAGAUAAGGGCACUUCAGGGCAACAGCCUCAAGGUGCUCAAAGUGCAUCCUGGAACCAGAAGAAGCCCAACAAGUAG